CCGAUCAGCGUCAUUUUACAGACGGAGCUCUCUAAAACAUGAAGCUGAUUGUGCUUACUCUUGUUCUCAACUUCGUAUCGAUUAAAAGUUAUGUUACGAACACAACGAAGAGUGAUAUGGAGACUACAGUAUUCCCUGCGAAUAAAACUGUUUAUGUAUACAUGAAAUCCAGUGAAAAACCGCAUAUACCCAAGACGUUCGAUCUGAACAAAGGACAUGUUUACAUCGAGGACGUCGUUUUCAGUUUAACGAAUCAUAACUGGACGAGAGACGAGGAACCGUGUCUCAACAAAACUUUACUGUUGUUACACAGUUUGCAGAAUUUUACGCUAUGGGCUGUCUGGAACUGGGAUUCAGUGUCGUCACAGCCUCAAGGUCUGCUGUAUGGUAAUAGCUAUCACUUGGGUAACUUCGACGAAUGCAUGAACCCUCCCUGGUAUGAUGACUAUCCGGAUCUGAGAUCACAAUACUGUCUCGCUGACGUAGUCUUGGAGGGGCCAGACAAUGCUGUUAAGAAGCGCACCUCUUAUCCGUAUGAUCCGUAUCAAUCAGCAUUUAAUUUUUUACGGUACAAAUCUAAAUUCCAAAGGACUCUUAACGAGCUGGUAUGGGGUAUGUGUAUCCCGGAAGUUUGUCAUCCGAAGUCAGUAGAGAAGUUGGUCAGUGUGAUGCUUACCCACAGUCAUCUCGGCGCGGCUGGGAUGAAGGCGCGUAUUAACGUCAGCGAAUGUCAACAAAAAAACCAGGGGAAACCAUACGACGCAGUAUUCUACUCUUUCAUAGCCACCGUUACUAUACUAACAGCUUUGUGUUUAAUAUGUACUUAUUUAAAUCGAGAAAAGAAGAAUCUGGAAAAAAUUUCACUUCGGGAUAAUUUAAUCAGUGCAUUCGACAUGAGACUUAACGCUGGAGAACUUCUCAGAUGUGGUCAGCAUGACAUUCAAAUGUUCUACGGAAUUAAAUUCCUCACAAUGUGCUUCAUUACCAUCGGUCACCAGAACGGCGCUCUCAAUUCAGCACUCGUUAGUAACGCCCUGCACAUAGAUAAGGCUGCUCUAAGCUUAUUAGGUAGUAUAUUUAUGCAUAAUGACCUGGCCGUGGACACCUUCUUCAUGAUAUCCGGUUUCCUGUUCGCGUCAGCUUUAUCUGAAUUAACUAGGCUACCGAACGUUUUGCUCCUUAUCUUGAGAAGAUAUAUUAGGAUUAUAGUAGCAUAUGCAUUUGUUAUUUUCUUCAUAUGUUCAAUAUAUCCUUACACCGGUUCAGGGCCUUUGUGGCCAAGGUUGGUGUCUGCUGAGACCGGGACGUGCCGGCGCAACUGGUGGCUAAAUUUGAUCAUGCUGAGUAAUUAUUUAGAUACUGAGAACAUGUGUACAGUCGUGAGCUGGUACAUUCCCUGCGACUUCCACUACUUUGUGCUGACGCUACUUCUGUUUUGUAUCUACCGACGGAUUCCAUCCGUUGGCAGAUUUCUCUUCAUCAUCAUCACUGUAGCCGCCAUUAUAACUCCGGGGAUUAUUAAUUACGUGUACAAACUCCAAGCAACACUGAUGUUCACAUACGAUUUUCUGAAGGAUCCCCGAGCGUCUAAACAAUUCCACCUAACGUAUAUAAAAAGCCACACGCGUUACGCCGCCUACCUCGUUGGAUUUUUGAGCGGAUGGUGUUACACACAUUACACUUCAUCUCAGCAGCUAAAAAAGAUUUCACUUAAAUAUGCGGUGACUGGCACUUGCAUUGGUUUCUUAAUGAUGGGAGCGGUUUUAUUCACUGGACCUAUGUUCCUUUGGCGAAGCAACGACGCUUUAGAGAACGCUAUAUAUGCUGCCUUAAAUAGACCCGUCUGGGCGUGUGGUUUGACAGUGGUCGUUGUUUGCUGCUCGCUAGGAGGCAUUACGCUCAUCAAGAAUUUUCUAUGCUGGUAUCCAUUUGUGCCGCUAAGCAAACUCACGUAUGGAUUAUAUUUAGUACACAAUUUUAUAAUUUUACGCAACAUCAACAUAGCAAGGAACCCGCACCACUACGACAUGGCAUUCAUGUUACUGAACGCCAUUGGAACUAUCGCUGAAGGCACCUUCAUCGCUUUCCUCAUUUGGGUCUUCAUAGAAGCGCCUGUCAAGAACAUUUUCAAAAUAUGCAUAACGUGCGGCAAACGGGAACAUAAUAAAAAUUCUCACAACUCCCAAAACGAUGCUAACAGCGAAAGGGGCCGAAGCCCGGGACACUUCCAGGAGAACUUACCUCGAGGAGAGAUAGAGAUUAUAUCUUCGAAAAUAUGAAAAAACUGAAAUCAUCAGAGAUAUAAAAGCUACGUGUUUUCUUAAAUAAUACACCUCCUUAUUAUAUGUAUUGUAAAUAUAUUGUUUAUUUUAAUAUUAAUGAUUUCGAAGGGAGAAAUAAAAAAAAUGUAUUCCAUUUCA